AUGGCUGCUAGGGUCAGCAACGAGCGCGAACAUCAUCCGGCCACCGGCUUGGAUAGAAACAGUCCAGCCGCACGCCGAGUCGAAGAUUACGGCGGGAUGGCGCCUCCUUCUGCGACAUCUUUGCCACUGAAUAGCGGUGGAGAUCGGUCGGAGUCCCCCCUCUUUGGUCCAUCACCGGCCACAUCUGUUUAUCCUCUACCUCUCAGGAGGAGUACCGAGUCUGCUCGUGAACUAUCACGGGGCAAAGCCCUACACACACAGAACGAUCCAGAUAUACCGCCGGUGCCUCCACUUCCGAGGGUUAGCGCCGAGCCAUCGCGGGCUGAUACUGUCGCCUCUGAGUCCUGGCCACAUACAGGUCAAGAACUUUUCAACUCGGCGAUACGGAAUGCGGUCGCCGUUACCACACCCGCAUACCCAUUCUCUAGGGACGACGAUGUAGCGCUGUCUGAGACAAGUCACGAGGGCGACACUACCGACGAAGGAUCGUCGAGCGAAAUGCGUCCUUCGACGCCCACCCGCUCCGAGUCCACGCCAAGCAGUGCAUCCUCUCCAGAUGCGAAUCCUGAGACUCGUAGUCUGCGCCGUUUCGCCACCAGCAAGCUCAGCUUCAGAGCUCGCAAGAACAAGGACAGCGCAUUGUCACCUGCGCCAACCGUUCCUUCCUCGCCCUCUUCGGUUUGGACAUCACUCCGUUCGCAUUCGCCCGUGAGUCAUCCCCAGAGCCCUGCUUCUCCGUCCUCGCCAUCGGGAACCAGCCCUCUAUCCUUGGCCAUGCGACUCGAGCGCAAGCUGACCCCACGAUUCCUCUUCAAAUAUCGUAAAAGCAACGAGAAGGGGAACGAGCAGUCCACCAUUGUUGACCGGUUGCAUAAGCCGUCGUCAUCUUCAGAGUCGGAUGGACAAUGGGAAAUCCUACCGCAGCCCCCUCGCUCGCCUCUACCUAGCCCACGUCCGAGCACCUCGUCGACGCACCCGUCUCCCACGUCCGGCAAGCCAACUCCAGCAACUGCAGAUGCAGUGAACGGCAAUAUCAAACUUUUGCCAGUGUCGUACUCUACACCCAUUUCAAUGGAACAAGUGCCGAUGCGCCCGCCAUCGCCCACUUCAUCUGUCAAGACAACAAAGCGGAAGAACCGACGCUCGCCUGCACUGGCUCCAUUGAAGAUGGGCGCACUGGCUUCUAGCUCCGUCCUCUCCUUUACGAAACUUUUAGGUUCCUCAGGAGGGUUUGACGCACAUUCACCUAACAAGGGGGAGUUGCAUGCGCAUGCUUCACAUCCUGAGUCCCCGCAGCCGAGCAGUCCUGGCGCACCCUCCGUCGUCAUCGACACUCCCACUGUGGUGGGGGCUGGGCAAUCUGAUUCUCCUGUCACAUCUGCAUUCCCGACCGUAACGAUGGUCCAGGACGCAACGCUGGGCAAGUCCUCAACAGCUUCGCCUACCACGCCGUCACGUCGGCGACCUCCGCCUCCACCUCCACCUCCUCGCCGUCGGCCAUAUACAAAGUCGAAUACGUCAUCUCCUCUCGGUACACCAGACUCCGAAUCGCACUUUGCGGACGCCAUAGCAGAUCCCGUCCCGUCAGUUUCUCAUGGCAUUGAAUAUCCUGUCUUCAUGCAACCGGAAACUCGGGCGACCUCCAAGGAAUCUAGGCCUAUACCUUACUUGGUUUCUGAUGAACGAGAUAAUAGGGGCGAUCGGCACCCAUUCGCUUCAGCUGCAUCGAAUGUCGUUUCGCUCACCCCCGUGGCAACCCACUUCCCACUUGCAGCAGAACACAACUCGGGCGUUCCACCGAAUGACGAAGAUAUAAUGAAAACAACCCCUCGCAAGAAUGUCAUUGUUCGUCCAUCUGCCCUGGGACCUCCCACCGAUAAGCAGGUUCGGACCGUUGCCGACCAUAACCCGAUUGUGUUCAGUUCACUUGAGCAGAACACGAUCAUCGACAGCUCUAGUCGCCCUCCGACUGCUACUUUGGAGGUGCCGACAAAGAGUCCGAGCGUUGAAAUCAACGACAAACGCCACUACCCCGGUAGACCUUUACCAUCUCCACCGACUCCGAUCGCAGCAGGAACGCCUAUCAAUGCACGCGCGUGUGUUCCUCAUACCCCCAACUCCUCUCAAUGGCCUUCUCCCGCUUCAGUCAUGCUCCAGCUUUCCUGUUCGAGCACAGGCAGGAAGGAUAGGCCUAUUUCUGUCACAACCGCCCGCAGGUCUGACUCACCUAUCCGACGCACGCAAGCACAUCACGGGUACACCGACGAUCGUCGGGAUGGCGUCAUCUUUGAUCUAUCAGGUGUAACGGGGACGGAAAGUCCCCUUAAACCGAUCCCUCCUUCUCCCCUCGCCGUGCUUGAGCCUGGAGAGAGAGCAUAUUCGCGUCUCACCUCGCCGCGCGAUAGCGUGGAGAGUUUUGCCACAGCGUCGGAACGCUGGAGCUCUACUCCUGAUCCUCCAACCACUCCCAUUAACCAAACCUGGAGUGUCUAUGAUAAGCAUGGGCAACGGCUUCCGCACCUGCUGCUGAAUAGUGCGGCUUCGAGGGAGCCGGGAAACUCGUACCCUACUCCUCCUGUGGUCGUACGAUUCGGCGAUCGUGGACCUCCGUCUCCUGGGUGUAACGUCGGAUUAUCACGAAGCGAUGCAGCAGCGUCUCGUACAGACAGCCCACAUAGUAGUCAAUCACCUCUUAAAUUGGCUUCGAACGGAACUCGGUGUGAAGACGAAGAAAUCGACACCGACAGGCAGCCGGACUUCGAUGCGCCCGCAAAGCGAUCUGAUAUCUCGGUGCACAGGCCAGUUAAGCAGGAGGUUAGCAUUGUUUUCGAUGCGGAGUCGCAAUGUUCUGACGAUCGGGACCAUGGUCUGCACAGCUGGUAA